GCCUUCGUUGGAGCCUGCCUGCUUGGUUAGGACCUCGGAGAGCGCCGGGCGCCGCGACCAGAGGAACCGGAGAAGCGGCCACAGUCGGGAGGGACUGACGCCUGCUAGCCCGCCUCCCUCCGCACCUUCAGCUUCUCGGGCUGGCUGGCACCUAGUGGCGGCCGAGGAAGGUGCCUAAGUCUGGAGUCCGAUAGUCAUCCCUCUGGGACGCCGACGACGCCGUCCAGCCGCGGCUCCCUCACACCUGUGUUUUUUAAAAUGAAGAAGUUUAAUUUCCGAAAAGUUUUGGACGGCUUAACUGCCUCCUCCCCUGGCAGUGGUAGCAGCAGUGGCAGUAACAGCGGUGGUGGGGCUGGAAGUGGUUCCGUGCACCCAGGAGGGACUGCAGGGGUUCUCAAAGAGGAGAUUCAGGAAACCCUGACUUCAGAGUAUUUCCAGAUUUGCAAGACAGUUCGGCAUGGUUUUCCUUAUCAGCCCACAGCAUUAGCCUUUGAUCCAGUUCAGAAAAUCUUGGCUAUUGGGACAAGAACAGGUGCUAUACGAAUACUCGGGAGACCUGGAGUUGAUUGUUAUUGCCAACAUGAAAGUGGUGCAGCAGUCCUGCAGCUCCAGUUCUUGAUCAAUGAGGGUGCCUUGGUUAGUGCGAGUUCAGAUGAUACACUUCAUUUGUGGAACCUUAGACAAAAAAGGCCAGCUAUUCUUCAUUCUCUUAAAUUUAAUCGAGAACGAAUUACUUACUGUCAUCUACCUUUCCAGAGUAAAUGGCUCUAUGUUGGAACAGAAAGAGGAAAUACACAUAUUGUAAAUAUUGAAUCUUUCAUUCUUUCUGGAUAUGUUAUCAUGUGGAACAAGGCAAUUGAGCUAUCCACAAAGACUCAUCCAGGUCCAGUUGUACAUUUAAGUGAUAGCCCAAGAGAUGAAGGGAAAUUGCUGAUAGGUUAUGAAAAUGGUACUGUAGUAUUCUGGGACUUGAAAUCUAAAAGAGCAGAACUGAGAGUUUAUUAUGAUGAGGCUAUUCAUUCAAUUGAUUGGCAUCAUGAGGGCAAACAAUUCAUGUGCAGCCAUUCAGAUGGUAGCUUGACUUUAUGGAACCUGAAAAGCCCAAGUCGUCCUUUCCAGACUACAAUUCCACAUGGAAAAAGUCAAAGAGAAGGAAGAAAAUCUGAGUCUUGUAAGCCAAUUCUUAAAGUAGAAUACAAGACCUGUAGAAACAGUGAACCAUUCAUAAUAUUUUCUGGUGGAUUGUCCUAUGACAAAGCUUGCAGAAGACCAAGUUUAACCAUCAUGCAUGGAAAAGCAAUUACAGUGCUUGAAAUGGAUCAUCCUAUUGUUGAAUUCCUUACUUUAUGUGAAACGCCCUAUCCAAAUGAAUUUCAAGAACCUUAUGCUGUUGUAGUACUUCUGGAGAAAGAUCUCAUUGUAGUUGAUCUGACACAAAGCAAUUUUCCAAUCUUUGAAAAUCCAUAUCCCAUGGACAUUCAUGAAUCACCAGUUACAUGCACAGCAUACUUUGCUGAUUGCCCACCAGAUCUGAUUCUAGUACUCUACUCUAUUGGAGCCAAGCAUAAAAAACAAGGAUACAGUAAUAAGGAGUGGCCAAUCAGUGGAGGAGCCUGGAACCUUGGAACACAAACAUAUCCAGAAAUUAUUAUUACUGGUCAUGCAGAUGGAUCAAUAAAAUUUUGGGAUGCUUCGGCAAUAACUCUGCAGAUGCUGUAUAAGCUAAAAACUUCAAAAGUGUUUGAAAAACAGAAGAUAGGAGAAGGAAAACCAACAUGUGAAAUUGUAGAGGAAGAUCCAUAUGCCAUUCAGAUGAUUUACUGGUGUCCAGAGAGCAGAAUAUUCUGUGUAUCAGGAGUCUCUGCAUAUGUCAUAAUUUAUAAAUUCAGCAGACAUGAAAUUACAGCAGAAAUAGUGUCAUUAGAGGUACGACUUCAGUAUGAUAUUGAAGAUAUUACAACCCCAGAACCAGAAACAAGUCCUCCGUUUCCAGAUCUCUCAUCUCAGCUUCCUUCAAGGAGUCUUUCUGGAAGUACUAACACUGUGGCUAGUGAAGGAGGAACAAAGGACAGUAUCCCAUGCCUCAAUGUUAAGACACGACCAGUGAGGAUGCCUCCAGGGUACCAAGCAGAACUUGUUAUUCAGUUGGUGUGGGUGGAUGGUGAGCCUCCCCAACAGAUUACAAGUCUUGCUGUAAGCUCAGCAUAUGGAAUAGUUGCAUUUGGGAACUGCAAUGGGUUGGCUGUGGUGGAUUUUAUACAGAAGACAGUACUGUUAAGCAUGGGGACCAUUGACCUAUAUAGAUCAAGUGACCUAUACCAACGUCAACCACGGUCUCCUCGAAAAAACAAGCAGUUCAUUGCAGACAACUUUUGCAUGCGUGGCCUGUCUAACUUUUAUCCUGAUUUAACGAAACGGAUCCGUACUUCCUAUCAGAGUUUAACUGAGCUAAAUGAUAGUCCCGUUCCCCUGGAACUUGAGCGCUGCAAGUCUCCCACUUCAGGACUUGCUACCAGAACUCCUGAGGCAGCACCAGGCUUGUAUAGGAAUGAAAUACCAGCUGUGAGACAGAGGAAUCAAGUACAUCACUUGCCAGAUCAUGUAAACGGACACUGCACAAGUCCAACCUCUCAGAGUUGCAGUUCUGGAAAACGUCUGUCUAGUGCUGAUGUUUCAAAAGUAAAUCGCUGGGGUCCUGGAAGACCACCAUUUCGGAAAGCACAAUCAGCUGCUUGCAUGGAAAUUUCUUUACCAGUCACAGCAGAAGAAAGCCGAGAGAAUUCCUAUAAUCGUUCUAGAAGUUCGAGCAUCUCCAGUAUUGACAAAGAUUCUAAAGAAGCAAUUACAGCACUAUACUUCAUGGAGUCUUUUGCUCGGAAGAAUGACUCUACAGUCUCCCCUUGUUUGUUUGUUGGAACUAGUCUGGGAAUGGUGUUAAUCAUCUCCCUGAACCUACCUUCAGCAGAUGAACAAAGAUUUACAGAACCAGUCAUGGUAUUUCCAAGUGGUACAUUCCUCUCACUGAAAGGAGCUGUGCUAACAUUCUCCUGUAUGGACCGAACUGGUGGAUUAAUGCAACCGCCAUAUGAAGUUUGGAGGGAUCCAAACAACAUAGAUGAAAAUGAAAAAUCUUGGAGAAGGAAACUGAUCAUGAACUACCCCUCUCCAUCCCAAGAAACAGGAGAUCAUCAGUAUACAGUAAUCUGCUCAGAAAAACAAGCCAAAGUCUUCUCACUGCCUUCUCAGACUUGUCUUUAUGUUCAUAACAUCACGGAGACAUCUUUUAUACUGCAAGCAGACGUGGUGGUCAUGUGUAACAGUGCCUGCUUGGCAUGCUUUUGUGCCAAUGGGCAUAUCAUGAUAAUGAGCCUACCUAGUCUUCGCCCAAUGUUGGAUGUUAAUUAUUUGCCACUGACAGACAUGAGGAUAGCACGGACAUUUUGUUUUACCAAUGAAGGCCAAGCGUUAUACCUCGUCUCUCCUACUGAAAUUCAGCGGUUAACAUACAGCCAAGAGAUGUGUGAUAAUCUACAGGACAUGCUAGGAGAUUUGUUUAUUCCCAUAGAGACACCAGAAGCUCAAAAUAGAGGCUUUCUCAAGGGUCUCUUUGGUGGAAGUGGACAGACAUUUGACAGAGAAGAGCUCUUUGGGGAAGCUUCAGCAGGAAAAGCAUCGCGCAGCCUUGCACAACACAUUCCUGGCCCAGGUGGUAUAGAAGGGAUGAAAGGUGCGGCCGGAGGGGUGAUGGGAGAGCUGACUCGAGCCCGGAUCGCACUUGAUGAGAGAGGACAGAGGCUAGGAGAGCUGGAGGAGAAAACUGCAGGCAUGAUGACCAGUGCAGAAGCAUUUUCCAAACAUGCACAUGAGUUAAUGCUGAAAUAUAAGGAUAAGAAAUGGUACCAAUUCUAAACUUCUAAAGAAGCUGUUGACUGCUUUGAGAAACCAUUUUUCAGGGAAACCAAAUUUAUUCCCAGCAUCACUAUUCAACUUGCUAGAAGCCAGUUUCUUCUACAAAAUGUUCCAUUACAGUCCAUCUGAAGUUAUCAUAAGGGAAAUUUAUUAGAGACACCGUAUAACCCAAAGGCUGGAAACCUGGUUAAAAUCCCAAGACAUGGCUGAAUUUGCCUUUUCCCAGCGUGGAAUGGAGCUAUCAUCUUGGCAUGUCAUUUGCUAAGGAUUUACAUUUAGGAACUACGGGGAGUCCUGCUGAUUUGAAAAAAUCCUGUACAAACAAAAGCAUUAAUGCACUUAAUGAAAAAAAUCUUUGCAUGAUAAAUUAACAUCUUAAGAGGAAAAGAAAAAAAAAACAAGCAUGUUGUGACAGAAGAAAAAAAGAUUUAUGGUAAACUAUUUUUAUAAAUUGGGCCACACCUGACAAUUUAAAAAAUCUGCAUUAGAAGAUAUCAGUGUAUUUCAAGUACAUUUGCCAUACCCAACUGAAAAAGAAAAGAAAACCAGAAUUUUCUUCUCAUCUAUAAUUUUCAUUAUACUAUGACAUUAUUGAAUUCUUAUGGCAAGAGUCUGAUUAAUGUUUCUCUCUCCAUAAUAUUUUACAUCAUCAUGGUUAUCAGUCAUAAUUAUUACCAGUAUAUUAAAUUAUUCCUAACACAAUUAUUUCCAUUUCUAUCAUCUCCAGAACAAGUUGCUAUUUUCAGUCAUAAACCAGGUAGGGCUCGGUCACCUCAAAGCAUUUUUUCAGUCUGGCUUGUGCUCUGUAGGGGAGUUGAUGAUAAGUUUGGGGAAACUAGAUUAUAGGAACAAUGCAGUUAGCUUUGAGAACUGAUUUCACACACUCUGGUUUCAGUUUCUAAAGUGAUAUAUUUUUAAGGCUCCAUUUGUAUCUUUGUCUGCCAAUUACACAGUAUAUUACUGUUCAAGCCCAGUGGGGUCUUCAAUCCAAAGGUGCUCUUGCAGCCUGACACUCACAGACCAAACUGGUCAUUUUCUUCAGUAUGAUUCAGUAAAACCUCAGUUAAUGUUUUGGGAAAGGGAUUCUGAUUUAUUUCAUUCCUGACUAACAAGGGCUUUCAUUAGUAAAUACUUUUUGGUUCAAUACUUACUAUUGAAAAUCUUUAUAAAAUUUUUGCUAUCUUGGCCUUAGUCACCAUCAUGGACAACAGAAAUACAGAGAGAGUUUAAUUAUACAAAAAUCAAUAAUUUUGUCACUCACUGGGCUAUAAGCCACAAACUGUCAGUAGACACCAAACACCUAUUCCUUAUUUAAAACUCUUUUAAAGGUGGAAUAAAGAAUAUCCUUAAUAUGAUAAACGUUCUCUGUCAUAACUCUAACAGUGAACUACUAGAGGCUAAAUGAAUACAUUUGCCAUCAUUAUUUAACAUGAUUCUGGAAGUUAAAAGUCAUAGAAAAUGAAUGUAUGCAGAUUCCAGGACCCAUCCUGUAAUAUGUUGUUCCUUUGAAAAGAAUAUUUUAAAAAAAUUAAUGGGUCUGUCUUACUGAAUUUUGAUUAUUCCAGGUAUUACUGGAUUUGCAUUUGUGUUUAAGAAUUCACAUUUUCCUGAAGUCCAAGUUAUUUUAGUAGCCCAAAAUAGUAUUUAUUUGUGAGGUUUUUUUUAGAUUUUUUUUUAUUAUUAGUGUUGUUUUUUUUUUGAAGUGGUACUUUCUUUAAAUGCUCUCAGUAAUUUUGAGAAGAGCAAAGAUGAUAGAGUCAGAAAAUGUAUACCAAGAAACCAUUUCUCAGAGUCCUUGGAUUCUCCUAAUUUCUCAAAAAAGCUUCUCCAUGAAUCUCACCAUUCCUGAGAACAGCCUUAGAGUAACAGAACUUGGGAAUACAAACAUGAUACAUAAGAUGAUACAGUAAAAAUAUUAAACCUGAGAUCAGAGUUUAGAAAACAUUGGCAGCCAUAUUGCAGUACACUAUUUGUACCAUCAGAUUUAAGAACUCACUUUUCUGAUUUUCUGAACAGAUACUUUAUCAUUUCUAUAACUUAAAAAAAAACUAAAAGAGCAAAAUAUUAUUUUAGGAACAAUGAAAUUCAGUCCAAAGUGGCAUCAAAUUCAAUGACUGUCUCUGAAGGCCUCAGUAAGUUUGUAUUUAACUUGUUCUACAUCUGGGUUUCUCAACAAUGUCACUAUUAAUGGAAAAUUCUUCUUUGUGGGACUUCCCUUUACAUUGUAGGAUGGUUAGCAACAACCCUGGCCUCUAUCCACUAGAUGCCAGUAGCAACCCCAGAAUAAAAUAAUGUCUCCAGCCAUUGCCAAAAUUGCUCCCAGUUGAGAGCCACUGUUCUACAUUAUUUAAAGACAGAUUAAAUGUGACUAUAUAAUAUAUGUCUUGUAUAAAAUUAAAUAUCAUAACUUAAGAAGAUAAAUUAUUACACCCCAAAUUACAUGUGUGGUUCAUAUGCAAUAAAAUACGAUUUUGAGAAAGCUUAUAUGAAUCAGUGAAAAAUAACAAUUACAGAAUAUUUUAAGCAUACAGAGAAAACACGAAAAAGAACAAUAUAGCAUUUUACAGAAGUGCUUAAAACUCUGGCUCUAAUGAAUAGAUAAAACGUUUAUAAUUAGCACAUCAAUUGGAAGUAAACAGGUGCUUCUAAAUGCUUGAAAUGAAUAAAUUCUUUUAAGUCGUUUAAAUAUGUCUUUCAAUAUAAUUUUUAUAAACCCUUUCUUAAUGUAAGGGUAACUUCAUCUCCCAAACUCCUGACUAGUGGAAUACAAAUCAAUGAGGUUUUACUGCAUCAGAAUUAUUUUUAUAAUUCAAAGAGACAGCAAUAACAAGAAUCUAAUGUGGAUGUGAUUUUUCUCUUUGAAUAUUUCCGUUCUGUUACACUGACAUGUGUGCGCGCGUGCGCACGUAUACACACACACACACACACACACACACCAUCACAACCACCACCACAACCUUAUCAUCAUCAUCUUUGGAAAAUGAGUACUGUUGAUCCAUGUAAUUCUUUACACCUCUAUUCUCUACUAUUUAAAUGUCUUGCCUCUAUCUUGGAACACAAAAAAAUACUAGUAACUUGGACAAUGAUAGAAAAAAUGACUGAGCCUUAGUAGUCAUCAAAAUUACAUUAUAUCUGCUAUGGGGGCAUCAGAAGAUAAAGUUUGAAAACCACAGCCUCUUAAGUUGACCUCAUUUCCUUAUGAAUCCUUCAGGAGAUAAGCCCUUCUUACUGUCCCACAAGAAAAUGGGUCUUUGUGUUCUAGUCACCAAUAAGAAGCUAUAAGUGUUUGUUUUCCUGGUUUUAAUAAUGUGAGCAAUAACCCCUACCAUGAAAUCAUCCAUUAACCUUGUAUGGAGGGGAGGAUGAUUGAUUUGUCAUUUAAUUCCUUACAAAAGCAGGACUACUGACUUUCCUUCUUAUACUUGAGACUCAGACUCAGUGCCCCAAUCACCAUUGGGGUCAUUAUCUAACUUUGGAAGAAUAGUGACAGAACUGAGGGAGAUGUUUUCUUAUACUUUAGUCACAAAGACAAUUUGUCAAACCUUUUAUAUAGCCUUGGAGUGAUUCUCAAGUUAAUAAAUCAGAAUCCAGUUUUCUAUUCCUCAAAGAUCUUAAAGGAUUAUAAGAGGAAAAAGGUUUACUGUUGGAGUCCCUUUUUAUGUGACCCAUGUGUCAAAUAUUAAAUGUACCAUCUAUCUGUUAUUUGUAUUAAGGGAUUACCAGGACUUUGAGAAAGAAAAAAUAGAUUAUGCCCAAGGCUGGUUGAAGAAGAUGAAGAUGAGCUCUUUGAAAUAGUUAUAAAACGUUUGGCAGAAGGGAAAAAUGAAGCAGGUCUAGAAAAGUAAGCUAAAAAUACUCUCCUUGGUUUAGGAUCAUUGGGACAACCCACCAGUAUAUCUGUGUGAUUAAGUCUGGCCCAAUGGAAAGACAUUAGAACUUGACCACUUUCAGAGACGGCAAUGCCGAAAGGAGUCAGACACUUCUAUCAGGCCUUGCUGUGAUUCAGGAGAAAAGUGGUAGCCUUCACAGCUUCCUCACCUAUGUCCUCUAUUACACCAACCCCAUUACUGACUACAUACUACUUCACAUACACACUGAUCCAGGUGCCAGAAACACUCUGGUAAGUCAUGUAUUCUGGAUGGCUCAUUCCAGGGAGUAUAGUGGUUGUGUAGCAAGUUUAGUGUACAUAUUUGCAUACAAAAUAGCCCUAAAAGGACAAAAUACAGAAUACUUGGGAAAGUGAGAGGAAGUGCCAGUUUGGUACAAGAGGGUUGGGGUGGGGAGGGACAUGGGAGCCAGAGUUAAGUGGAAGAAAUUUUGAUGAGAAACCAGAGGCACAGAUGGCUGCUUUUAUUUAUGUAUUUACAUAGGGAACUGAGUCUCAACCUUGGCUGUACAACAGAAUCACCUAAGGAGCUUUUAAAAUUCCCAGUUAUAUCAAAAUCUCUCAGAGUAGGAACCAAACGUGUAAUUUUGAAAGCCCUCAACAUGGUUCCGAUGUUAGCCAACAUUGACAAACACAGCUUUAUGGCCGAUUAAGAAACAUUUGUCUACCUUGGCUGGUAUCCAAGCCCCACUUCUGAUGGGUCAGGGAAGACAACAUGUAAGAGAUAUAGUGUUGUCUGGAUUAAUAAUUAUUGUGUUGAAACCCAAAACAAAUGUUCUGUGCAAAUUUCUGACCAGGGAAGGCCCCAUUAAUUUUAAAUAAGUCUGUCUUUGUGAUUUUCUCCCAUGUGACUUGGCCAUUAAUUAUUCCAAUUCAAACAUCUAGGUUUUGAUUGUCUUAUACAUGUGACAUCACAAGACACCAGAAGAAAAAUAAGAAAUUCAACAGUAUGUAAAGCUAAGUGGAAACUAAUUCUUAGUAAUAGGAUAGUGGAAAUUAAAACAAUCAUUUACUAAAUCAGGUCCAAAUUUAUUAUUCAUUCUUCAUUUGGAGGAAACAUAGGUACUAGGUACCUUUUCUGCAUAGUUGGACAAGAUCUUAGCAAGAAGGAAGAGCAGUUCCUUUUUGAUUGCUGGCUUAGCUCCCAGGGCCACUUGGAUUUAUUUUCUUAGUUAUUGGAUUCAUGUUUAAAGGGAGAAGAGUGUCUGUAACUCACUAUCUGUGCCCUGAAAGACUGCUUUCACCUUUAAAAAGGGAGAGUCUGCCUAUCCAAGGCAAUAAUACCUAAUGAGAAAACUUGAGAGUUCUCUCCUCUCAUACUGCUCCCUCUGGUAUUGGCCUAUGCUUCUUAACUGCAAAGCCAGAAAGUAAACUAGGUGGUGGUUAUGGACAAGUGUACACGGAAUCAAAAUCUCUAAUAACCUAUAAUUUUUAGUACUUAAUUAUGUGAUGUUUUAUUCUAGGAAAUAAGAAACAGAUGACAUCAUUGAUGUAUCUUUCUUUCAUCUUCAGAACUUUUGCAUCUUUUCAGAAAAUGACAAAUUACUAUUUUUCUGUUGCACUCAGCAAUUGUGACUAUACUUAAAAUUCUUGUAGUCUGUAGAAAUAUCAAUAAAAUUGUAUAUGUUUGUA